AUGGCGGCUCCUCAUGUGUCCACUCGUUCGUCCAGAGAUCUCUCAGGUAGCGUCUACCUGAUUACCUCUAAUGGACGCAUGCUCAGCCUACCCAUCCCUACCAAGUCACAGCGAGAUCCUCUGAACUGGAGCAAAAAGAAGCGGGCGGGGGCGCUUACCACAGUGGUUUUAUUUGCUGUCAAUGGGCUGUUGCUGGUACAGGCUCCGAGUCUGAUGUUCCGCGGGCUGAAGGAAGAAUACAGCGCAAAAGACACAAAGCCGUUUCGUCUUGACACACUGGUGUCGGCCCCCACGCUAUUCAUGGGCGUUGGGGCAUUCGUGUGGGUACCACUGUCGUUGGCGAUUGGAAGAAGACCGGUAUUCCUGCUGUGUGCAGUUAUCCUGUUACUAGGAACAGUAUGGGCUGCUAUUGCAGGCAGUUUUUAUCAACUUCUAGCAGCAAUUUGCCUUCAAGGCCUCGCUGAGGGACUGGCCACGAGCACCAUGUUACUAAUGGUCAUUGACCUUACAUUCAUCCACCAGCGCCCUCAAGCUAUCGCUAUGCUUUGGUCCAUUGGAGGUGCUAUCACCCUUGCCCUUUUAUCUCUAGUCCCAUUUAUAACCAACGACGGGAUUUCAUGGCGCCGCAUCUAUUCCAUUGGGAGUAUCUCAUGUGGGAUAUCUCUUAUUCUCGCCUUCUUCUUCUACCCAGAAACAUAUUUUCUCCGUCCGGCUGUAGCGUUCGACGGGCACAUCCUCGUUCAAAGCGCAACGGAGAAAAUUAAACUGUACGAGGAAUGGGCAGACGUUCCCGGAGGGAAGAUGUUACCUGACAUACCUGAAAAAUCACGGUGGGUGGCCAUAGUGAAACAGUUAAGUCUACACGCAAGAGUGAAGGGAGGGUGGAGGGCUAUGUUAGUCUGCUACCCCCAGGCUGCUCUAUGCAUACUCAACCCGUUGGUCUUCUGGGUGGCGCUACUCAAUGCAAUCAACUUUGGCGGCAUGUUAUCCAUCGGGAUGACCUAUGCCGGCGUUCUCAGCGCCGAACCAUACUCUUUUUCGAUGAAUAUCAUCUCCUGGGUCAACCUGAGCGCAGCGUUUGGCUCAUUUGUCGCCUGGCCGGCAUCUGGAUUAAUGAUCGCACGGAUCUGUCGCCGUCUCGCUAUGCGCAACGGAGGGGUGCGCGAUGCAGAGCAUUAUCUUCCUGCAUUUGCAUUGCCGAUCCUAGCUGGCGCUUCAAGUGUUGUGCUCUACGGGCUUACAGCACAGCGUAAUUGGCAUUGGAUCUUGAUCUACAUAUCCUACGCUCUCAAUGCCUUUGCUUUUGCUGGCUUGUCCACCGCCAAUACUCUGUGGAUUACUGAAGCCUUCCCUCGCUGGGCAUCUGCCGGCAUUAUCGUGGUCGGUGGUGGGAGUUACAUAGCCAGUUUUGGGUUAAGCUAUGCUAUCUACCCGUGGAUAAUGUCGCAGGGUUUCGAAAGGGCAAAUGUGCAGAUCGGGGUGAUGCUGUUAGUGGUCGGAGGGAUUGUAAUCCCAAUAGCUUUCUGGGGUAAGAAAUUACGACAGUAUAUCCAUGGGAAGUGGGGGAUGUUGGAGCGUGGGGCUUUGAGGCCUCAAUAG